AAGUUAAAAAUGUUAUCGGGAAAAUUUUUCGAAUUCUUUUUUUUAUGCUCUGUUCGUCGACAUGCCGCCAGACGAGAAGAAUAAAAUUUAUGUAGGGCAUUUACCAAGGAACGUUGACCAGACAGACAUCGAAAACCUGUUUUCUCAAUAUGGCCGUGUAGUCUCCUCUGAGUACAAGCCAUUUCGCAGUUUUGCGUUUGUGGAAAUGGAAGACCGACAAAAGGCCGAAGAGGCCGUGCGAGAGUUGAACGAUUACACUUGGAAAGGGUCUCGUAUAAGAAUAGAAUUCGCAGCUGGAUUUAGAGACCCGAAAGACCGAAACAUUUGUUUCAAGUGCAGCCAGUCUGGACACUGGGCAAGAUAUUGCCCAGAGGGACCAUAUUUGAGGAGGGGCAGAGAUUCAAGAUCACCAAUAAGAAGAUCUUCAAAGAUCCAGCGCCAUCGGUAUUAUUCUCACUCGAGAUCGCCCGAAUAUUAUCGAUCCAGAUCCAGAUCUCCCCCGUUUUCUAGGCGCAGGAGUCCUUCUCCUAUCAACGAUAGUUCCUGUGGUAGAAGGAGAUGGAGUCCUCCAUCAAGCGCAAGUCGCAGGCGUAGAACAAGUCCCUCUCCUAUUAAUAGGCGCAGAUCACCCUCACCCGACAGAAGAAGAUUUUCUCCAUCUGCUGGGAAUGGCGUUGGGUACAGACGCUACUAUUCGCCGUCUCCCGUCAGCAGUUCGAGACACCGCAACUCUCGCUAUUCUCCGCCGCCACCUAGUCGACACCAGAGAAGCAUAUCACCACCAAGCAGACAUAGAAGAAGUCCAUCACCUCCGCCGAGCAGACACAGCAGUUCGAGACGUGGAUCGCCCAUCCCACCUCCUCGUCGGCCCCCGUAUAGUCCUUCUCCAGCGAGAAGACGACCUGAGCCGCCAGAUGACUUUUCAUCGUCACCUCGACAUCGCGAUCAUUCCGUGUCUCCGCCCGGCCGACAUUUCUCUCCCAAUAGCGCCACACCUUCUCAAAGAUCUGUCUUUUCCAGGUCUCCACCCAGUUCCGACAGAAGAAGAUCCUCCAAUGUCAGUCCUUCGCCAUCUCCACGGAGACCUAAAAGCAGUCCAUCUCCUUCCGAUCGCAGAAGAAGCUCCCCAUCCCCCAACAGCAGUCAGCGCUACCGACGCCCCAGCCCAUCGCCCUCACCCCCACGCCGACGACAGACCACUUCUAACCUCUCCCCUAGAUCCAGACAGUCCAACUCGCCUCCAUCUCCAAAAAGAACCAAGCGAACUUCUCAGUCACCACCGAGAAGACACCACUCCUCGUCCCCUCCACCCACUCCCCCCGGCAAUGCGCCACAUUCUCCGCAUCACAGUGACAGGCGCAGAUCUCCACCUUACCCAUCGCCUGACCCAUCCAAUUCCCCACAAAAUUCCCCUAAUUUUGACUCUAAAAAAAGAAAAUUAGACAGCCCACAAUAAAAAACACAUAAAAAUACAUA